AGUAUGUUUGCUUUUGUUUAUUUACAGUUUGUUUUUUUGUUGUCAAUUUAAAUUAAUUUCUAGACAGACCUUAUUUUUGUUGGAAUAAAGUAUCAAUAUCACAGAACACAAUUAACUCCAUAAGAAACAAAACAUUUAUUUACAAUGCUUUGAGAUUGUUUAAUUCCAACUGUCCGAUUAUGCUUUCCAACUGAAAAAUCUGUCGGAAAUUCGGAAUGGAAAGACGUAAAGCUAGCCCAGAGCAACUAAAUAUGCUCCUACAAUUUUUAGAAGCGGACAAAGAGCUUGCUAUUGGAAAGUUUACAGGAUUAGAAGGAAGAAUUCGACAAACGAAUGCAUGGAUUACAAUUACAGAAAAACUUAAUGCCAACUCUGGAUUUGGCUCGGGAGCUAUCAAAACUCCUGAUAAAUGGCAACAGACAUGGAGAGAUUGGAAGUCCAAUGUGAGAAAGAAAGCAUUUAAAAUACGUAAGAAUCGAUUUACACCUGGUUGUAGUAGUAAUGUACAAUUAACAGAAGCGGAAGAGAAAAUUCUAAGGCUCAUAUGCUCUAACACAAGUGUAUUUGGUUUAGUUGAUGUCCCUGAAACAUCAAUAAUCCAUAAUGAUAAUCUGAUGCCAUCUCAAAGCAGCCAGGGUCUUAAUGAUGAACUAAGUAAUAACGACCCAACCACAAGUGGGAUGAAGUGGUCAACUGAUCCUCCUCAAUAUGGACAAAAUGAAAUUCAAAUGAGUCUUGAUAACAGACCUAGAGCAGAUACAGAAACUGUAAUUGGUUCAAGUGAGGUAUCAUCUGAAAUUACAACAGGGAAGCCUCUUUGGAGAAGAGGACGUCCUGUCAAACUUGUACACGAAAGACUUCUUAACCUAGAAGAAGAGAGAAUAAGAAUAAAGAAACAAAAACUUCUCGAAAAAAAAAGGUGCAAUAAUGUAAGACUCAAGAUUGAAAAAGACAGACUUGAAAUUGAAAGACAAAGGAAUCAUUUAUUAGAAAAAUUACUUGUUGCUGUUGAAGCUGUGGUAAAGCGAUAGCAAAUCUGUGGUUGGUAAAUGACUGUAGACUAUUAUUACCUACUUGCUACAUGUUACUAAGUACUUGCCUUUCCAAUUUCUUUUAUAUUAUGCAGCUAUGGCAAUUUGAUUUAUGGGCAUCAUUUUCAGUGUCCUUAUUAGUUUAGGUGGUCUAAGUAACUACUUAGUAAUAAAGUAAUAUCAAUUAUGUAUAUUAAUACAU